AGGCGGUUCUCACGCGGCUCACCUCACGGAUAACAGAGUAUCUGCGCUCGCCGAGAUACGAAUUUACGUAAAGUUCGCUGGCCAAUUGGAAGUGCGCGUGCUGGCUUCAAAAGCGGAAGUUAAAAGUUUCGUUUGGGCCAUAAAACACAAUUAAGAGUGCAAACAAAAGUGAACAAAGUUACCCAUGUAAAUGCAAACAGAGAACGCAGCUUUAAAGAUUUUAUUGGCCCUUUGUGUGCGUGUAAUUGUCUUGAUUGAUAGCCGUUGACAGCGACUUUCGCACCCCCGCCCAAGGAAAUUCCAGCAAUUAUAUUAAAAGCUGUCUGAAAGUGUGACCAAAGUGCGUUAGAAUUCAAUAAGUGAAGAAGAGGAAGCAGCCGGGGGCUCAUCCCCACUUUUUAACGCUUUGUCAAGCGUGCAAAUUGAGGAAUUUUCAAUUAAUAUUACACACCGCAUCGGUAUAAUUACAAAGACGGUUGCAAAGUGCGCACUCACUGCAAAUUAAGCAAUCAUCAUAAAGGAUUAAUUGAGCCUGAAAUAAAUUCCUUGACAUAAUUCAAAGGUCCGUGCUGAAAAGUUGGAAAUAUCUGUGUUGCAAGUGUUCAUCUGUAAAGAGAACGAUGCUAUAAUUGCCAUCAGGCAGACGGACGACUCCCACUGGAGGACACUUCAUCUACAGCCAGAGCCUCUUCAGUUGCCAAGAUGUCGGACAUCAAAUGGUGGUAACAUCUUCGCACCGCAAACUGGUCAACAAAUAAUUAUCUAGACGAGACGAGGUUGAGCCCACAGGAAGCAAACACAAAAUGGCUGAGCACACAGGAGUGACCACAACAACAAGGCGGAGGAGGCCGUGGCGGAGUGGAGGUGGCUCCAUCCCAGUGCUGCUCCUCCUCCUGGCUCUCGUGAUCCUGCCCCUGGAGUCCUCCGCCUUCUGCCCCUCGAAGUGCCAGUGUCUGGGGGGCGAGGCCAACAGUAGAGCCCUGUGUGUGGACGCCGCUCUGGAGGAUGUGCCCAUCCAGCUGAAUCCGGAGACGAAGUACAUCAACCUCACGGUGAACCGGAUACGCAACCUGGAGUUCUCGCUGCCCUUCUACAUGAAGCUGGAGAUCCUCGACCUCUCACAGAACAUCAUCGAAACGCUGGGCUCCAAGAACUUCGAGUACCAGUCGGAACUGAGAACCCUGAACCUGAGCAGGAAUCUGGUCAGCUCCCUGCACAAGCACGCCUUCAAGGGCCUGACCAACCUGCUGCUCCUCGAUCUCAGCUUCAAUCGCAUCGAGACGGUGCAUCCCACCGCCCUCAGUGAUCUGGCCGCCCUGGUGGAACUGGAUCUCACGAACAACAAUAUCGUCAGCCUGGAGGACAACUGCUUCAAGGGCAUGAACACCCUGGAGGUCCUCGUGUUCCGGAACAACCGGUUGCUCGACGUUCCGGCCAGCAAUCUGUGGCAUCUUCAUGCCCUCAAGAGCCUAGAUAUGUCCCUGAACCUGGUUGAGUUUGUGCGGAACGACAGCUUCGAGGGGUUAAAGGAGCUUUUGGCCCUCAGCCUGCAGGGCAAUGUGAUGAGCGAACUGGAUUUGAGUGCCUUCGAGGGACUAAUAUCCUUAAAGCAUCUGGACCUUUCGGAUAACAAUUUAACGAUGGUGCCCACACAGCAGCUCUCGAAACUUUCGAACCUCACCUAUCUGAACCUGGGUGGAAAUCGCUUUUCCCAGCUGCCCGCCGUCGCCUUCCUGAACUUGUUUCAUUUGCGCGAAUUGCAUUUGAGUCGACUGGACUAUUUGCAGCGCAUCGAUUCGAGAGCCUUUGUGGACAACACCCACCUGCAGACGCUGCACCUGAACAACAAUCCCCAGCUGGGCGACAUACCGAUGCGCCUGUUCCAGGGCAACCCCAACAUCCUGGAGGUGUACAUGCAGAGCAACAGCCUGCAGACCCUCUACUCCGCCCAGUUCCCGGUGGACCAGCUGCAGAAGCUCUAUCUGGGGGACAAUCCGCUGCAGUGCAACUGCUCGCUGCUGUGGCUCUGGCGGCUGGUGACCGGGAACUUCGAGGGAGUGGACCCGGGAAUGGAGCACGCAGCCGGCGGAGCAGUGGCCGCCCUGGCCAAGGAGGCGGAUGACGAGGAGGAGCAGGCGGAUGAGGCAACCGCCGUGGCCUCCACCGACGACGGGGUAGCGGCUCUGGCUGCCUACAUAGCCGAGCAGCACAUAGUGAAUGCCCUGCACACCACCGAGCCCAGUGCCUACGAGCUGGCCACCUCCUCCUCCAACCGGAACUCGGGCAUCCUGCGGAUGGACCGCCAGCAGAUCGGCUGCGACAUCUGGCGGGACAAGGUCAGGACGAGGCGGCAACUGCUCGCCAUGAGUGAGGGCGAGAUCACCUGCCCCGCCCACAUCGUGACCGUGGUUUGCGCGGUGAUCACCUGCCUCCUGGUGACCAUGAUUGGGGUCAGUGUGCUCUACUACCUGAGAUUCGUGAAGCGUCGCAGGAAGCUGCUCCACGAGAGGGGUCCUUUGAGGACCAGCAAGAGCAUCAUCAACGUGCACGAUCGCAUCCUGCAGGGCCACAAUGCCGGCCUGGGAAUGGGCAUGAGCAUGACCCUGGGCGGUGGCAACCACGUCAAUGGAUUGGGAAUGACCCUUAGCUACCCGCAUCAUGCCCAGACCCUGCAGGCCCACCACCACUACCACCAGGCCAUGCCCUUGCAGGGGUCCCAUGGUAACAGCCAUGACUACCAGCAGCCGACUCUGCCCCAAAUGGACAAACUGGAACUGGAGCGCUAUCUGGCAGCCCAGACCAUAGCCAAUGAGUACCGGGCCUUGAAGCCCUGGGACCUGCCCGUCAAGGAGGCGGAUGACGAACCGGAGCAUCUGUACGAGCGGUUCGAUCACUACGAGUAUCCGGACACCCACACCAUGAGCAAGCUGAAGCAGGCGGCGGCCUUGAACCACUCCACCACCACCUCCUCGGGCGGACCCUCCCCCGUGCCCCCCUCCUCGGGAAAGCCACACGUGGUCUACGUAUGACGUGGGCGUGGCAAGGGCGAGCGGGUGUCCCACAUGGGUACGGAUAUCGAGAUGGUCGGACUGAACCACCACCAUGGUUACCCCAACCACAAUAACAAUAACAACUACAGGGGCUGUGUACAGAGCGCCAAGGCCAGUGGUCAGUUCUGAGUGGGCUAAAACAAGGGGGUUUACUCAAGCAAAAACAGGGAAAGUGAGAGGUUAGGCUAAGACGAGAUUAAGGGAGGAUAGAGCCACUAAAAAUUGGAACUUUGGGGGUGAAUUUCGAUGAGUUAGUAGUUAAGAUCUUAUUAAAAACAGAAUACGAACUAAAAAUCUUUAUAGUCUGUCAGUUAAGAGCUUUCAGUCAGAUAAAGAUAAAUGACAAACGGUAACAUGACAUUGUGAAAUCGGCACUAACCAACAUUUUAUUUUAACGCUCUAAAAUCGCCAUCCUUAACUGUUGUCAGAUUUUUAGAAUAAAAACUAGAUUGGCUUAGGAUUAAAAUGAAUUAUGACUUUAUGAACAACAUUUGAAGCCAAUCAAGUAUCACUGAAAACAGAAGGUUAAAAUAAUUAUUUUAUAUAGAAAGCAAACUGCUCACUCAUCGAAGUUCUCUGCUAAAACACCAUCAUAGUGAUUUAGGUUGGAUUACUUUUUUUCGAUUAAAAAUACAACAAAGUUUAACAAGCGUCAAAUGAAACAAGGGAUAUGUCUACGUGUAUAGCAAGCAUACAAAUAUUCUUAAUGACCUACGGAUAACAGAUAACAGAUAUAUUAGAUAUGUACACUAACCGCUAGACUAAGAGAAGAAUACGAUUUCAAAGAAACCUUUUUGCUGGCCCCCGACUAAGCUAAGCUGCAUUGAAAAUCUCAAAUCACUAUCUUUCUCUCCCACUCAUAGUUAAAAUGGCAUUUAGCAUUCGAAUACUCUAGAUAGCAUUUAGUGAGUAAGCUUACAAGUGAAUUUAAAUAUAUAUAUGAGUAUAUAUUAGGUUUAACUAUGGAGAGGAGAGCAAGCUAAAGGAGUUUAUGGGUUUUCCUGAUUUGAUUCUCGAAAUUACCGAAUAUGUCUUCAGCACUUGGGUUAUAUUUGGAAAAGACACAGACUUUGGCAGACAAAUAACCUAAUGGGGACCAAAUAGUCCAGUCCAGCCUAGAACUAACUGAAUGAAUCCAGCUGCCAAAGGGGUCCUUUUCCCAUCCAUUGGCCCGCUGAACCGUAUUCCCAACCAUAUUUCCUAACUUUAGCGAAAACAUCUCGAAUGACAAUAUACAAAAAUUAAGAGGAAAACUAAAACAUUAAAUUAUAUGAAACACCUAUACUAACUUAUAUGUAUCUUAGUGAGCCCGAACUCAAAGUUGACGAAACGAUAAAUAUAAUUUGUAAAUAUAUAUAUCCCCUAUGAUGGAGCACUCUGCAAAGUGAUCCUGCGUUUAUGUGUAAAUAAUUUAUGGAAUGCAUUUAAAAACAUUAGUCAAGUGCAUAGAUUAUUGAUUUAAGAAUAAAUGAUUUCCAAAAGCAAUAACUCAGAAUCAAAGCUCGUUUGUUGUUAUUUUUCGGUUGAGUUUGAUUUGCGAAUAAUAAUUUAAUUAAAUGCGACAACAGCAUGGCAAAUAGCGAAUGGCAAAACUAGCCGGUAUUUGCAUAAAAUAGCCACACAGAGCACACAAAAAGCGAGUGUAAAAAUAUUUCGAAAAUAAAAGUAUACUAAAUAAGCAAAAUCAAAAGGCAGACAAGCAAUGCAGUGCACACGAAAUGCAUUUAGGAAAGCAGAAAAAAACAGAAAAUAAACUCUGAACAUAAAUAUAAAAACCGGUUUGUGUAUAAAAGGAGCAAAAACAAGAGCAAGGGAAAGGCAAAUAGAAGCCAGGCAACCGUAAGUUUAAAUCUAAUAAUAUGAUAUACGCAAAAUAUUUAAUUAAAUGAUAGACACACCCACAGCAACAACAAAAAAUGUUAUUUCUUAUACGAAGACUGAAGAAAAUGAUG